GUAAUUCAAAUUCUAAUAGAAUUGUUGAGGCUUUUAGGGAGGGAAGUGGUCUUGGAGGUUUGAUGUUACUGAUCAAUUACUCCAUUGUUUUGGGAAAUACUUCCUAUAUGAGGAAACAGAAGAGAUAAAGUUCUUUCAUAACAAGCCAACUAGAAAGUUCCCAGUUAUUACCCUUGAAGCGAACUUGAGGCAAAACUCAUGACUGAUGGAUCCUUCCUCGAGAAAGAUGGAGGAGCCGAUAAUUUUUCCCUAGUUUGGGCCUCUGGCCGAAACUCCAGGCAAAAUGAGAUGACCAUUCGUUUGAUAAAGGUGUAAACUCCUUUUUGGAAGAAUACCAACUUUGACUUAAGUGUUGUGAAAGCUAACUUUCAUGCACAGUUGUCUUCCAUUUUCAAAGAUAGGACCGUAAAAUUGGUCUUCUGCAUAAUUUAUACUUGUAAGAAUACAGUAAACAGCUGUUUAGUAGAGGUAUUUGAAGUACCUCUGAAGACGGUCUUUCCUACAACAAGUUAUGCCAGUACUUACAGUGAGGAAAGUAUCCCCUCUAAUUUCCUUGGAGGAAAGCACUAGAAGAGCUUCUCUCGGAGUUAAUAGCUAUCUGGCAAUUUUUUGGAAUAUUCUCUAUUGGAAAUCUUAUUAAAAAUAUGCUCAAACACUUUUUAAUCAACUUAAGAAUCCAAGAGAAUUUCCCCAUAACUCUUGAUGAGUGCUUGCUUGGUAGCAUUUAUAAGCCAUCCAGAUUUUUUCCUUGCUUGUUGAAUAAUUAGAAAUCUCAGUAGAAGCUGACUUCAUAAUUUUAUGGAAAUAUGUUUUCUCAGUUCUAAUUUUAAGACUCCAUUCAUAUAUUUUUAACUGCCGAAGAAAUUUUGGGCUUAGAUUGUUUAAGAAAUAUAGUCAUCUUCCUAUUAAGUUCAAUUUUACUUAUCAAAAAUAUCAAAGAUAACUUCACUACACUAUUUGAUGUGCUAUAUGCUUAUCAGACUCGCCUGAUAGGCUGAUAAAGCAAUUCAUAUUAUUUAUGAAAGAAAUAGUAAUCAUCGCAUUUCCUAAAAUAACUAAUUUACUCAAGUUUCUCAGAAUUAUUAAGUUAUGGAAUAAAAAUUUCCUUACAGAUCCAUGAAUAGAGGCUAUAGCUAACUUCAUAAUAUUUAAUCAGCUAAGAUAUUGAGCUGUCAGCCCUCAAAGAAGGCUAACAAAUAAUUUGGGUGGUCUCUCAAAUGACUCAAAAAUCUCUUUUAUUUCAGGCCAAAAGGAUACUUCUCAACUUUGGAAUAACUUAUAUGGAAUAAUCAAUUUCUGUAGCCAGAGUCUUGUGAGAAGAGCCAGACAAACCAGGCCUGGACUUCUCUGAAAGACUUCUCUAAAUUUUCUUUGCUUCAGAGUCCAAGAAGGGAAAUAAUAUGUUAUUAGUCAAUAUUCUCUUUCAGUGAUUCCAUUUUCCUGGAAAUUCUGAGAAUAUUUCAAGAAGCCAUAGUCCAUAAUUUGUAGAGGGAGUUCUGGUAGCUGACAUUCCUAAAGUGAAUAAAUCUGAAUGCUAAUGCAGGAAAUCAGUUGACGAAUGGCACAUGGAAGGAUACAUUUGAAGAAGCUUUCUGAAUGAAAAGAGUUGAACCCCUUACUUUUUCGCUGUAGAAAAGCAUUCUUAUAGUCUAAGCUCUGAGAAUUCUCUUCCUUCUGAGUAAUAAUCUCUCAAGUCAACUAAAGACGUCUGCUGAAGAUGUAAACUAUUAGAAAGAUUGAAGUCUCUUUUGCUAAAACUUCUUGUUUUCUUUAGAAAUAUUCUAUAAUCCAAUGCACUCUUUAAGUCAUAACUGAUAACAGACUUAUCCGAGGAUCCUUUUCAGUUCAUUCCAUACCUUCAAACGAGUGCUACAACAUGUUGAUUCAUAUGGAGCAUUCAUCAGCUAGUUCUACUAAGAUUCCAAAAUCUGAAAUAUUUGUGAGAAGUUUGCUGAUCAAUGAAUCAAAUCUGGACUUGAAGUAUCCUAAUUUAUAGAUCCCUCACAAUUAUUGUUAAUUUCACAGUAAAAUUUAUCUAACUUUUGCCAAUUUUUACAAAGCUAUUAGUUUUAAGAAAGUUGUUGCUUUGAACUAGUAAUUUGAAUUUCUGUGCAGUAGAAAUCAAUGAAACAAACUCAUAAAUAAUAUUAAAUGUUAUAAGGCCUUCUAUAAACUGAAGAGAUAUAACCUGGCAGCUCAUAUCCAUCUUCUAUGUUAUGAAUUUGUCUCUAAAUACUCUUGAACCAACAAAGAAGGCUUCUUUGGAGACCCUAAAAAUUACAACUUUUCGGGUCAAAAUAUUCACCAUCUUUCGCCGUCAACCUGAAAAUUGUAGAUUUUUCAAGAAAUGCUACCAUCAGAAAUCUUGGAGAGAAUAUUCCUAUGGCUUCUCAUCAGACGAGCCUAGAGUUAUCCUGGUUGCUAUCUAUGGACUAUAAUUAUUAUCUAUGACGGCUUAUGGUAAUUAUAGAUAAAUUCUUAUCAGAUUAUUUUACCUCUGGCUUGCCAGCAGUCAAAAGGCAAUAAUUCACCUAAAAAUGCAUGAUUAAGCUCCAGCAGAAAGCAUAAGUUGUGAGCUUUAGCCAAGCUUUUAGGUGGAGUUACUAAAGACACUUGCUGCUUCUGACUUCCUAGUCUUCAAAGAGAUGGAGAGUUUUAGAAGUAUGUUGUGGAACUUCUCUCUAAAGGGAGAAGUUGAACUUUCUGAUGAAUAUUUCCAAUAUUUUGGCAUCUAAGAAGCUAAAAGUAAUCUGAUCCAAUUCAUAACUAGUCAAUGUAAUGAACAAUGAACUCUUUAAUUUUUCAAAAUAGAUAUUUAUUGUAUCUCUGAACAACACAUUACUUUGAAUUUCUGAGAUUUGCUCCCUUAGAUCCCAAUUCUAAGAGCUUCAGGCUCUCAAUGAGGCAAAAGAGGUUGAAUUAGCAUAAAUGUGUAUCAAAAUUAGAAAUGGUAUUAGACUCUCUUCUUCAAGAACUUUGGAACUGCAAAAUUUAGAAAAUUUUCUCAGAAUGAAAAUUUCCUCUACUCCUCGCCUUAUGAUUCAUUAAUCUGGAGGUGGAUAUGAACUUCCUGGCCUACACAAGAAUUGAUAUAGAGUCAAAAUAUUGGUAUAAAUGCCAAGCUAAGCAUUGUAGACACAUCAAAAUGGAUAUCUCGGUGAAUUAGAGGAUUUCUGAAUUCUUGUCUGCUAUCACCAAAUCAUAAAUCUCAGACUAUUCCUGCUUAUAGGAAAGAUCACUCUAGGCAGCUUCAUAUAAGAGGCUAAAGCUAGGACCAUAUCUGCUGCUUUGAAACUAUUUUGGGAAUAUUUCUCCUAAUUUAAUAUAUCUACUUCAAGAAGAAAAUAAGGCAAUUAUGAAAUACUGAUCUCAAACAUUAUAGAGUGGUUGAACCGAUUGCUCCACUCCUUGCAGGCUCUCUAAAGCCUUCUUGGCAUAAUAUCCAAGUUUUACACUGAUAGUACCAAAACAGAGAUGGUCUGCAUUAGAAGGGCCGACUUCGGCAGGCUGUAUUAAAAGUGGUUUACCUAAAUUGCCCAUUCAGCUGAACCAUGCUGGGACACAC